AUGUCACCCAAUACUUACGCCGAACCCUACAAAGGGUUUCGCCCUAGUGGUUUGAGUGACCUGACCAACAAACCUCGCAAGACUACCAGCGAGAAGUUCAAGCAUACUGAUAUACUAUCGCACUCAACAUCCUCAACAAGUCACAGUCAUUCACUUGGUCACUCUGAAGACUCACACAAACGUGAGCCUAGUAAAGCACUGCUUGAUAAAGACUGGAGAAAGAGACCUGCUGGUGACAUCAAGCGUCCAACUCAGGCUGACCAAUUCACCAACCACAUCGCCAAAUCCAACUCUGAAGAAGCCGAGAGGCGUAAGCACAUAGGACUACGCGUGGACACAGCCAAGGCUGUAGCUACGGGCACACGUGUUGAAACAGCUGACAAAGAGAACAUAGCUGCGAACUCAAAUUACACUUCCACGGGCAUUUCUGUCAGCCAGGACCAUCACUCCAGCAUAUACAGUAAUAGCAGCGAUGAAGAGCAGCAACCAAGUAAAAAUAUUGGCUAUUCUCGAAGCAGAUCUUUCGGUGGAUUGUUGCUUGGCAAGAAGCAAUUUCUCAAGAUGGAUAAUCUACUGAGUCCUGCCUUACAUCCAGACCUUGUCCAAGCACCACCCAAUCUCAUGGAUUUUUCUCCUGCGAAGAACACGAAGUCUAACUCGAACUCUAGCGACUACUGCGGGAUGGCAAUACUUUCAGACCACUAUUCAGACAGUAAAUUGUUAGGAGUUCCUCUUAACUCGGACCGCAAACCCACAGUACAGAUCCAGAAAGUUGAGAGCCUUCACGGACUCGAGGCAAUGGGCUGGGACACCCUGAAAGAUUACUUACACAAUAAUGGCGACGAAUUUGAGCAACAGCAUAAUUCGCAGGUUACUUUUGAAACUCAGUCAGAUCACGCUGCUCAACUAGAGAAACGUCGAGCUACGAGCAACGAGUUCCACGAUACAUCCCACAGCUCACAUAUGGAGGGUGAGAGUCACAAGCCGACUAAGUCUCGUAGUAUUCGAGUCGAGUUAGAGAAACAGAUCGACGAAAAAAAUAGAUUCCAGGCUGUACUAGACAGACUCCACCAAAAGUCAGUUCGGGCCAUGAGAACCACUGUCUCAAAGCCCAGCCUAGUUGAUAUUCCGGAGGCAUUAGGGGUCGGUAUAGCCAUCGGCAUGGUGCCUAAUAAUAAUGCUGAACAACAAGUCGGCCGAGGCAUGGACAGCCAGAACACAAGCAAAAAACCCCUGUCCAGAAGUCGUACUUUGAACCCAAAGGCAGCUGAGUUCUUCCUCAAGAUGGAACAAAAGGUAAAGCCCAGUACCUACCAGAUUGGCAGUCCGAUCAAACACCAACGAACUACACUACUUGGCGUGUUCAACGAACAACCGCCUAUUCCUCAAUCGACAAUGGUAGGUCCAAUGAGACGGCACGUGACAGAUCCAUGCGUUCUAGAUGACGAAGAUCCAUACGCUAUAGACGAUGAAGACUUGUACCAGGUCGAACAAGCUAGACGUGUAGUCCGCUCAUUUCAACUCCUCCAAUUCAUUGAGAACAGAUUAAGUACCCCACUGACACAGAAAGAAAGACAAGUUCUUCUGGAACUUGCUGAUAUUGACGCACCGGGCUAUCCAUCUGUUCCUGGCGUCGUUUUACCAAACAUCACGAAUUCGGGUUUAACAUCUGGUCGCGCUGUAAACCAUGCGACUGGCCUCCCAAGCCACAUCCAAAAUGGACAUGUUCGCACAGAGAUGCCCAUUGGUCUCUACACGGCUCGUCCAGAUAUAUCUCACGUCAUAUCACCUCCGAGUUUCAUCUAUAGCACACCUCCAGCAUUCAACACCACUAGUAUGAAGCCACAACCACGCCUGAAGGAUCAUAUGUCCGGCGAGAAUUAUGUGGUACCGCCGCGAAUGUCGUCUAAUUUCAUAUCGAACGGUACGUAUGCAAUACCUCGAGCUGUUCCAAGUAUCAAGGAGACCAUCGACGCUAUCAACAAUGAGGCUUCUGCAGCACGCAUGGCAACUCAGGGGGACAAUUUCUUCAAUGCUACACUUUCACGUCUCGCUCGUAAUGAAACACUGAAUACUGUGCCGGUUGGUCCCAAGCCAGUCUUGAAGCCAAAAGGUCCACCUCGACCCAACGAUCCAGUCUGGUGCAAGCAGCAGCUGGAGUACGAGGCAUACCUGGAGCAUCGACGGAUGUUCGACCCAAACUACCACCGGGAGUGUCGAGAUCGUCAGGCUCUGCGUGCUGAUCGAAAGAGGCGCGAUGACUUGGAGACUCAGUUCAAGCGUCCUAUGAACAAGAGUGCCGCUAUCGAGAUCAAGAAGCCCGACGGGACUGGUAACAAGAGCUAG